GGUGAUCUGGUGCACGGAGUUUUACUUGCGGCUGAAACUCGUCUCUUAAGGUGGCAGAACACAGUAUUUAUGCGCGACCCCCGGGGUAGUACGGAUAAAUUUGUUGAAGGAGAGGUAAAAAGCCUUGUUUGAGAGGCACAGCCUGUGCUGGUGGUCGCGGAAGGUGUCGACUCUGAGACUGUAUGAUUUGGAUUGUCGAAGAUUUCUACUUCGUGUAUAAAUUCGCCCCAUUACGCAACUACCCUUCUCGUGUGAGACGGCUGCAGUUAUUUGACCUUCACCUCGUUUCAACGUGGGCGUGAGAAGGUGAUACGCCGAAAAGAUUUUGUUUGGGAAUAUUUUGUGGCGUGUUCCCUGAACUCGAACAUAUCGGUUUUUGGUAUUCCUAAAGUGCACCCUACUUUAUUGUCUUCCGCGUCGAAGCCAGUGGCCUUGUGGCUCUUAACUAUAGAAAUUCCCAUAGGCCGAAAACUGUGUUCUGAUACCUUCAACAAAUUAUGGCGGCCCCGCCCUCGGUAGCGUUGCUGUCCACGAUCGUGUUCUGUCUCUCCCCGUGUGCCACGGGCUCUCCUAACAGACUGGUGGCUUUCCUCGUUGACGGCUUGCGGUGGGACUAUCCGUUCAACGACCCUGAACUGUCGGAGUUUCAGGCCAUGGCCAGGGACGGGGCGCGAGCGAGAUACGUCACGCCGGAUUUCCCUGUCAAGUCGUUUCCAAACUACUACACCAUCAUGACAGGUCUACACACGGAAAGUCACGGCAUGACGGGAAACUACAUGCAUGACGUCAUGCGCAACACCUCGUUCCUGUUGGGCACUAACCCGGAGUCUUAUGAGCCGUACUGGUGGGAGGGUGCCGAGCCGCUCUGGAUCACCGCUACUAAACAGGGCAGGAAGGUCAACAUGUACUACUGGCCAACCUGUGAAGUGCCCAUCUUCAACACCUUACCAAACAAGUGCGAGCCGUACGUAGGCUAUCCGACCUAUCGCAACAUCACCAACAGCAUAGACGAGAUAGUCCAACUCUUCGGUGAACGCACUAUCGACAUGGCUUUCGUUUACUACGAAGAUGUCGACCGGUUCGGCCAUGCUCAUGGCGUCGAGUCCCAGCAGCGGGUAGAGGCAACUCGUGACGUCGACCGGUUCCUGGAAUAUCUUCGGGAGAAUCUUCGCAGAACUGGCCAGACUGAAGAUGUGAAUGUAGUGGUGAUGUCCGACCACGGCAUGGCCACAGUUGAGUUCGGUCCCAGCGGCGGUUAUGUACCACUCAGCAGCUACAUAGACCAGAACGACCUCAACAACCCCGUCUUCUACGAGACGUCUUAUGUCAGUAUGUGGCCAAAGGAGGGGCGUUUGGACAAGGUGUAUGCAGAUCUUCAACGAGUUCCUCACUCAGUAGCCUAUAAAAAGGAGGAGAUUCCUGAGGGCUGGCACUACAAGAACGGACAAUACGUUCCACCGCUUCUGUUGGUGACGACCUUCCCGUAUAUCGUUCGCAAGGACAGUGUGGUGACGUCACGCCGGUUGGGCUCCCACGCCUGGGACAACGCCCUGAUGGACAUGAAGGGCGUCUUCAUGGCAGUAGGGCCAGACUUCAGGGCCGGCUUCGAGGGCGAUUCCAUCCACCAGGUGGACGUCUAUCAAAUGAUGUGUGAGAUAACUGCUGUCUCCCCCCGGUCACACAAUGGUUCCGCCCUGAGGAUCCAGGGCCUUCUCAGCAACCCCAUCGGUGGCGCCAGAACAACCUCCCAGGUCACGUGGGUAACAGCAGCAGGUUUUGCUGUUUCCCUCUUGUUCAGCAAGUCAUACUGACACACGGGUGCCCGUACGUGGAACCGGACGUCUCUUUCCAACACAGAUAUUCGACCCUUUACUGACGUGAGAAAGUUUGUUUCCCAUCCAGCGAUGUGGGUCAUCUAAAGUUCGAGUUAUAUGUAGUUUGCGCUGUUCUUGCACCCUUACAGUUUGUGCUGUGUCGCUGCACUAUGUUAUGUAACGUUACAGAUGUCAGCGACGGUAAUUAUAUCGUUGUCUGUUUAUCGAUGACAUGAAUGAAGGCGUCGUUAUGUGUAUAGAGACACAAAUGUAUCAGAUGAAGGUUCCAAGUCCCUUAAAUUGUCAUUGAUGGCAUUUUACUGGGAAACUAGACAAGUAUGACAAUGUUGCUAUCUCCAUCACUUUGCAUUAUAAGUCAUAUGCUGUUGAUACCUAGUUGUAUGUAUCGAUUUUGUUUAGCUAUUUUAGCUAUUUGUGUUCUUUUUGCACAACACGCAAACCCGUGCGAGUGGUUUUCAGCACCAAGGACAGAGCAAGUCGUUCUCAAAGAAAUGGUUUAGAAGUAGAAUCAACAUCGUGCCAAUUUGUAACAGUUGUAGACAUUACGCUCUUUUGUUUGAUUAAUGGAACAUACAAAAUACCAUUUUAGUAGUUUGUCCUAUUAUUGACGCAUCGUCUUUCUUGUUUAUAGAUAUUAG